UCAAUUCUUCUCUUCUCUCUCUUUACUACAUUCACAACUUCAAAUACACAUUCACUUAUUGAUCUUGCUGCUACGAUCCACUGAUAUUCAGUUCUUUACUAUAUCGUGUUCAAGUACUCAUCCACCAUCAUUGCUCAAUCAAAUUUUGAAUAAAAAAAUACGUUCGUGUUCUGCUUUCAGAGUCAGCCCUCAACAUUUUCACUAGAAAAAAAAAAAACCAAAUUCCUCCUAUUUCAAGUCAUCAAACACUAUCAUUGCUUGAUUAAAAUCCAGAAUAGCAGAAAUAGGUUCGUGUGCUGCUUCCAAAGUCGAUCACCAAAUUUUCACAAGAAAAUACCACUUCAAAAACAAACUUAAACCAACUUCCUCUUCUUUCAAGUCUUCACACCACUACCAUUGCUCAAUUAAAAUUCAGAAUAGCAAAAAUAGGUUCGUGUUCUGCUUUCAAAGUCAGACAUCGAUUUUUUCCACUAGUCAAAACCAUUUCAACAACAAACUCAAACAACCUUCCUCUUCUUUCAAGUCUUCAUACACUACAAUCACAAAAACACGCUCGUGUUCUGCUUUCAAAGUCUGUCGUCGAAUUAUGGUUAGCUUUAAUGGUCAAGAUUUGUUUUCUAGUAGAUGUGUAUGGGUAAAUGGUCCUGUUAUUGUAGGUGCAGGGCCAUCAGGACUAGCUGUUGGUGCUUGUUUAAAAGAACAAGGUAUCCCUUUUGUAAUCUUGGAAAAAUCAGAUUGUAUUGCAUCUCUAUGGCAAAAAAAAACUUACAAUAGAUUAAAACUACACCUCCCUAAACAAUUUUGUCAAUUACCCAAAUUUCCAUUUCCACAACACUAUCCUGAGUACCCUACAAAGAAACAAUUCAUUGAUUAUCUUGAAUCAUAUGCUAGAAAAUUUGACAUCAAUCCAAUGUUUAAUGAGUGUGUUCAAUUUGCAAAAUAUGACCAAAUAUGUAAAUUGUGGAGGGUGAAAACUAUUUCACCAAAUGGAUUAGAAGUUGAGUAUAUUUGUCAAUGGCUUGUUGUGGCUACAGGGGAAAAUGCUGAGAAAGUUGUGCCUAAUAUUGAAGGAUUAAAAGAAUUUGGAGGUGAAGUUAUUCAUGCUUGUGAUUAUAAGUCUGGUGAAAAGUUUAGUGGGAAGAAAGUUCUUGUUGUUGGUUGUGGAAAUUCUGGCAUGGAAGUUUCUCUUGAUCUUAGCAAUCAUAAUGCUCAUCCAUCAUUGGUUUGUCGUAGCUCGGUUCAUGUAUUGCCAAGAGAAAUUUUUGGGAAAUCAAUAUUUGAAUUGGCUAUGUUUAUGAUGAAAUGGUUACCAUUGUGGCUAGUUGACAAAAUUUUACUAAUUUUGACAUGGUUCAUUCUUGGUAACAUUGAGAAAUAUGGACUAAAAAGGCCAAAAAUUGGUCCUUUGGAACUCAAAAAUACACAAGGGAAAACUCCUGUUUUGGACAUUGGUGCAUUGGAAAAAAUUAGAUCAAGAAAAAUCAAUGUUGUCCCUGGAAUCAAGAAGUUUUCAUGUGGCACCGUUGAACUUGUCAAUGGUGAAAAACUCGAAAUUGAUUCUGUUGUUCUUGCUACUGGUUAUUGCAGCAAUGUCCCUUUUUGGCUAAAGGAAAGUGAAUUCUUUUCCAAAAAUGGAUUCCCAAAAGCACCAUUUCCAAAUAGUUGGAAAGGAAAAUCUGGGCUAUAUGCAGUUGGUUUCACAAGGAGAGGGCUAUCAGGUGCUUCUGCUGAUGCUAUCCAAAUUGCACAAGAUAUUACCAAAGCUUACAAUGAAGAUAUUAUGCAAAAGAAGCAAAAAAUCUCAACCUUGUGAUUUAAUUGAAUCAUAUAGAGAUUAAUUUUGUGAAAAAAUAGGUAGCAUAGAUAGAUUAGCCCUCUCCAAAAUCCCAAGUUUUGGUAUAGUUUGGGAGUUUUUGUAUUAUAAGUUGUCAGAUCCUCCAAAAGAAAAAAGGUUAGGUGAAAAGAAAUUGCAUAAGUUGUCAAGUCCCCCCCAAAAAGAAAACAAGUUCUUUUUUGGGGACGCGGUGUUUGGGUUGAGUUUCCCGAGCAUGAUGAGGUGGUCUAGUUUUUUUUAUUUUCCCUUUUCACCCCUUUUUCAACUUUGACUUUAGUGUUCACUUAUGUUGAUAUUUUUGUACAUAUUUGUACAAUUACUACUGAUUAUUAAUCAAAGUGACAAAGAUAUUUCUUUAUUGUUCAA